CACAACAAAAUCUCAUCGUUGACGGUUAAUUGCAUCAACAACAAACCGAAAUGGUUCCGGAGUCCCCCGCUUCCCCGCCAGAAAACGGUGCUAGGAAUGACUCAGCACCAUCGAUGAGUGAUCGUGAUGAAUUGGCAGCGAGAGACGCUCUGUCCUCGGGACUUAAUGCUCGUUCCGUCGUUGGAAAAGGCAUGGAGAGAUUCUCUGCCCUUGUGAACGACAAUAUCGUAGCUGCGCGGUAUGGCGUUUUUGCCACUGUUGCUCUCUUGACAGUGAGUCCCACCAAUAUUGAUGUGUUAAUUGUGGAUUCCAURUCGUUGUUUUUGCUGCCACUCCGCGUCAGACAAAACCCUCACUUAUGUGGAUUGUACCGUAUCGAAGGCGUACGGAAUCUCGAAUACUCCCCUCUUUUUUCGGUAUCGCAACGUGGCAGAAAUUCCCAAAUCAUUUUUCAUCGGAAGGCGGCGUUUGUAUUGCCGAGUUGUUGGCGUUCACCGUGAUUUGAACCCAUAUCAUGCUACGGGAGGACUCGAAGAUUCGUCAAUCCAGAUAACUGUUCGGCAUUUAUCACCGAUUGGCAUGCUAUUGCCCACAUCUUGGUUUGAAUCGCUGAUGAGAAUAAGCCCAUCUAGAGGUAGUCUCACGCGAGAUUUGACGAAAGGGAGUGGUAAAGCCGAAGWGAGCAAAAAUGAAACUUUGAGAUUGCAAAUUGCUGGAGUGUUGGCACCACCAGUUUUUCGUGAAUCAUACGACCCUGCACAAGUUUUGGAGCGUCUCGCGAAAGAUCGCACUCUAGUUUCUUGUCAACUAUUGGGCCGAGAGGUUUUGAAACCAAUAAAAGAACGCAAUAAAUCAGUUUUUUCAGAAAGCAAUCAACAAUCAUCAUCCAGCGUCAGUGAAAGCAAUGGUGCUAUUUCUUUUGAUGACACUUUUGCCCCAAACAAUGAAGUUCCAUCGGUGUUGGAUUAUCACCAAGUGGCAUUAUGUAGAAUUUCAUAUCGGCCACAAAUAUUGCAAGUAUUUCCGACGGAUUUGGCUGAAGCAUUGGUAAAGGCGGGCAGUGCCAGUGUUGCUUCCGACCUUCUUUUUCGAUCUUCCCCCUCGACUAUACAAAACUCAAAAAAAGAAAUCGUCGAUACAUCGCAUCGUAUUCAAGACAUUCGACAAGAUUUGAAGUACUUGGAUAGACUAGCAGUGUCGGAAUUUGAGAGCGCACAAAAAUCCAGUGGCAUGUGGUCUGUUCAAGAGGUCCGAGAAAUUAAAAAAGAUAUAACAGACGAAGUCCACUUUCAAGCAAAUGCAAGCCUGAUUCGCAAGAUAUGGAGAAGAAUACGAGGAGAAUAAAAUAAAAAUGUCUUCGCAUAAGAAACCGUCCAGUGCUCAUAUAAUUUAUCGUGGAAUCUGCAAAUUUCAUUUUCGUCUAUGCAUUUAAAGUAUUGAUGAAUUUUUKAUCUUGCCAAACUGAUUUUGUUCAAACACCACUUGUUCCUUUGUAGGUCAUCAUCCAAUACAGAAAUACCACAACGAAUACGACAAAGAGAAUCAUAUAGCACAUGUGCUUUCCGGAGCUUGUAUCCAACAUGAUCCCGAUCCUUGCCAGACUCGACUGGAGCAUGUCACCCGUAUUUAAGAAGCCCUCGCCCAUUUUAUCCAACAAUGAGUUUUGCUCUCGAACCUCGGUGCCAAUAUCUACAGUAAGACCCUUUUCGUGGUUUGAUUUGCACAUGAUGUUUGGAAAGACAACAAUAACGGUAAGAAUCAAGACCAUCACAAACUCGCCAUUUUUGCAACAGUCGGUUGAUCAGAACUUACCUUUAGUCGAGCCACUUGUUCGCUCAGUUCUGAUAUCCGAUCGUUGUUUUGUUGUUCGAGGAUGUUUGUAUUGGCAUCAUUGAAUCUUCCGCCGCCUUCAAUAUCUCUCCCRUAACCUCCAGAACCAGAACGAGAAUACAUAUUUGAAUUGCUAUGACCGUUCGAAUUAUUUCUCCGUUGGUGCAUGGGAUUCGAUGAGUUCAUGUACAACAACGUCGUUGAUACAGGCAAUAGGGCGCUUAAUUUAAUUCAC